GAGCGCGCGCGCGCUGACGCAGCUGAACCGGAGUCGGGAGUUGCAGAGUCAUGCUGAUGUGGAUCAGACUCAAGGCACGGCAAUAAACAGCUGGAGAUCAAACGCAGACCUCUUAUGAUAUAACGCGAUAUAUUUAAACGGAGACUCAGUUCCGGAAGUCAGCACACGCCACGGUCGGGUCGGGAUUAAAAAGCAGUGACGGUCUCGCGCGCGAGCUAAAGUUGAGAGAGUAACUCGUGGUUGUAGUUAUAUACAGUCUCUGUACAUCAUUCUGGAUAUGCUUUCUGAAUUAUUGUGCUGCACACCUAAUCGGAGAGCACGGUCACAUUUGAAGAAAAGGAAGAUUUCGUGCGGAUUUCGGAUGCCGGACAUAUAAUCAUUUUGAUGCCCUUUUGAGAUUCUUUUUCAAAGUGUCUGUGUGAUAUUACUGCAAUAUUUAAUCAGGACCUUUAAACAAUGCCUGUUUGGUGUGACAGAGACCCUUGUGACAAUGGAUUCAAAAUCAGCCAGAAUGAAAGUGGCUUCCUAUUUCCCAGUGACUUUCAAUUGUGCUUGUAUUAUUUCAUGACACGUGGUUGGAUCUAGACUCGUUUGCCUGCUCUGUAUCCCAAGAAAUCAAAUUGUAGCCUUGGAGAAUGUUAUGCCCAAGGAAAAAGAGGCCUGUCAAAGAUGAGGAUUUUUCCGCCAUCGUGGUGCCCUCCAUGAAAGGCCAUGGCUAUCUGGACUACACCAUCGAGAGUCACCCUUCCAAAGCCUUUCAGCUCAUGGACGAGCUGCGUCAUCACGGCCUGCUCUGUGACCUGGUACUUCGAGUGACGUACAAAGAUGCCAUCGUGGAUUUCAAGGUUCACAAACUGGUACUGGCAGCCUGCAGCCCAUACUUCAAAGCCAUGUUCACCAGCAACUUCAAGGAGUGCCUGGCCUCAGAGGUGACUCUUAAGGAUGUUUGCCCUCAGGUGAUCAGUAGGCUGGUGGACUACGCGUACACCUCCCGCAUCACAGUAGGGGAAAAGUGUGUACUGCAUGUCCUACUGGCUGCCAUGCGCUUUCAGAUGGAGGAUGUGGCAAAAGCAUGCUGUGACUUUCUGGUCAAGAACCUAGAGCCCCCGAACGUCAUUGGGAUCGCCCGGUUUGCAGAGGAGAUCGGCUGUGUCGAGCUGCAUCAGCGGUGUCGGGAGUAUAUCAACAGUCACUUCAGUGAGGUCAUCAAAGAAGAGGAGUUCUUUAGCUUGACGCACUGCCAACUGCUGGAGCUCAUCAGUCAGGACAGUCUGAAGGUUCUGUGUGAGACUGAGGUCUACAAAGCCUGCACUGACUGGGUACGCUGGGACGCCGAGACUCGCUCACAGUACUUCCAUGCUCUGCUCAAUGCUGUCCAUAUCUACGCAUUGCCGGCCAAGUUCCUCAAGAGGCAGCUGCAGUCAUGCCCUAUUUUGAGCAAGGCCAACUCCUGCAAAGACUUUCUCUCCAAGAUCUUCCACGACAUGACCCUUCGCAAGUACCUGCCCCCUACUCCGUACCGAGGCACCAAGUUGAUCUAUGUGGCUGGGGGUUACAACCAGCAAUCGGUGGCCUCCAUGGAGGCUUAUGACCCACGAAACAACACUUGGAUGCAGUUGGCGCCAAUGGAGCAACCCUGCAGUGGCUUGGGAGCCUCUGUACUAUUCGGGCUCUUCUACACGGUAGGGGGUCGAAACCUUUCAAUGCAGAGCAAUGCAGAUUCCGCCACACUGUCCUGCUACAACCCCAUGACCAAUCAGUGGACCCAGCUAGCUUCACUUAACACAGCCAGGAACAGAGUGGGUACCGGGGAACUCGACGGGAGCAUCUAUGCGGUUGGAGGAUCCCAAGGCUCUACACAUCACAACACAGUAGAGAGGUAUGAUCCAGAGACAAACAGGUGGACGUUCGUGGCGCCAAUGUCCGUGGCACGACUGGGAGCCGGUGUGGCAGCAUGUGGUGGAGCUUUGUAUGUGGUAGGGGGCUUUGACGGGCAAAAUCGCUGGAAAACUGUAGAGCGCUACCAACCAGACACCAACACCUGGCACCAUGUAGCGUCCAUGAACACUGCGCGAAGCGGCUUAGGUGUGGUGUCUAUAGAUUCCUACCUCUACGCUGUGGGUGGUUAUGACGGCCAAAGGCAGCUCAACACUAUGGAGAGAUAUAACGUAGGCAGAGACGUUUGGGAGCCAGUUGCAUCCAUGGUCCACAGCCGAAGCGCCCACGGAGUCACGGUCUACCACGACAAACUCUUCGUGUUUGGGGGUUUCAACCAGACUGGUUUCCUGUCCAGCGUGGAGAGUUACUGCCCAGGAAGCAACCAGUGGACAUACGUGACGGACAUGCCGGUGGGUCGAAGCGGGAUGGCAGUGGGUGUAACCAUGGAGCCGUGCCCGGGAUGCCUCGCUGAGGAGGAAGACGACGAAAUGUGACGCAGACUUUGAACUUUGUAACCUCUUUAGAGAUAAUUCCCAGGUCUCUUGAGGGCGAGGAGGUUCGACACUGGAUUUUUCAGCCAGGACGAACUGAACCUGUUGAUCUGUGGCAGUAUUUCUAGAGCCCUUUUUUGCACGUUGUAAAUUUGUGCGUGUUAUUUAGAAAGCAAUGACCGGACUACUGACAUUUCCUGAUGAGAUCGAAUUACGCUGUGAAUAAUAUCUAAAUAAAAGUUUCGAUCUGUA